CGGGACGGUUGCGAUUUCUAAAUUUAAAAUAACUAAGCAAAGAGCUAUUUGUGCAUUAAAUUAAAGGCAAGAGAUAAUAAAAGUGUUGUGCAUUUUGAGCUAACAAGCAAUAUUAAAUUAUUUUAUUGCUUGAUUUGCCUGUAUUAAAACAUCAAUCGAUGCAAUAUUCUCUAUAUAUUGCCAUACUAUGGGCAAUCAGCAGCCAUGUGCUGCUCAUUCACGCUACUCCAUGCAGUCGUGUGCCCCAAGGUGCCACCGCAGCCAAAUCACCCGUAGAUGAUAAUUUUGUGCUCAGCGUGGGUGGCAAUGCGCAGAGCUAUGUGCCUGGCCAGAAGUACAAUGUUACACUGAGCGCUUACUCGGGCUUGUCUUUUGUAAGCUUUAUGCUCGCUCUGGAACUGGAAAAUGGCGAGGAAAACGAUGAUGCAAAUACUUUGGGUACUUUUGAGCUAAGCGAUUUGGCAGAGACGCGCUUUAGUCCACGUUGUGCCAAUCUGGUGGAGAAUACAAAUACGAAUCUGAAGACGCAUGUGGAUGUGGUUUGGGCUGCACCCACUCAGCCAGGUCAGGGCUGCAUUAUGCUGCGUGCUACAGUCAUGCAGCAUCGUGAUGUUUGGUUUAUGGAUGACGGAUUUCUAAGCAAACGCAUGUGCGAAGAGGAAGUCGAUGAUGUGGACACGCAGCCCAGCAUUGUGGAUCCUUGCUGUGCCUGCGAUGAGGCCAAAUAUGAGCUUACCUUUGAGGGCAAAUGGUCACGUCAUACGCAUCCCAAGGACUUUCCUGCGAACAGCUGGCGCACCAGAUUUAGCGACAUUAUUGGCGCCUCGCACACCAUUGACUAUCGCUUUUGGCAAUACGGCGAGCUGGCCAGCGAGGGAUUACGCGAGGUAGCCGAGCAUGGCUCGACGCGCACGCUGGAAAGUGAGCUGAAGGAUCAAAGCGAUCAUAUCAGAACGAUAAUCAAAGCGCGUGGCAUUGCCUAUCCCAAUGUAACGGGCAAAACCUUUGCUGUCUUUCGUGUGGACUCCAAUCAUCAUUUAAUAUCGUUGGUGAGCAUGGUGGAUCCAUCGCCUGACUGGAUUGUAGGCGUUUCAGGCCUGGAGUUGUGUUUACCCAACUGCUCCUGGGUGGAGAAUAAAAUACAUAAUCUGUAUCCCUGGGAUGCGGGCACCGAUAGCGGUCCUUCCUAUAUGUCUGCAGAUCAGCCACAGGUGCCACCAGAUGUUGUGCGACGCAUCAAGACGAAUUUUCCAAAUGAUCCGCGCUCGCCUUUUUAUGAUCCGACUGGCACUGAAAUGAAACCGCUGGCAACGUUGCAUAUUAAUCGACGACGUCUCUAUGAGAAAAACUGUGAGGCAGGAAAUUCUGAGCGAGUGCCUGCUGAAUGCUCCGUACUCACCUGGACACGCUGGGAUGAGUGCAGCGCAAAAUGUGGAUCGGGCAAGCAAUAUAGAACGCGUGAAUAUAAAAAUCCCACGCUAGCUAUGCGCCAUAGAUGCAACACGCCGCUGCGGGAGGAGAAGAGCUGCAUGGGACACAAGUGUGCGAAGGAUGAAGAGGAAGUGCAGGAGGGCGCACAGCCAGAGGUGGAGCAGCCAAUGGGUGAUCCAGAGUGCGGUCUGUCCGACUGGACCGAGUGGUCCUCCUGCACAGUAACCUGUGGCAGCGGCGAAAUGAUACGAACGCGUCAUUAUCUAAACAGGCGUGCGAAGAAGAAGUGCCAAAAGGCCAGCAAGGCGCGACUGCAGGAGACCAAGAGCUGCGAGGCAAGCCAAUGUGGCGGCGAGAUAGCCGCUGAGGCAGGCGCUGAAAAUGCCGAAGCAGAGCCGGAGGAAGCGCAAGCGGAGGCAGCAGGAGAAGAGUCAGGCGGCGGCGACUCGGCGGAGAAGCGUUCGCUGUUUCGCAAUUUCCAAAGCUACAGUCAACGCAGAGAGGACUACAUACCGCCCGUGUGUGGUGUAUCGCCCUGGUCGGACUUCUCGCCUUGCCUGGGACCCUGCGGCGGCAGCGGCACGCGUCAGCGACUGCGCAAAGUGUGGAACAACAAUGAAGUCUACGGCGUAACGGAUGCCAGCAGCGACGGCAGCGAUCCUUGUCGUCACAUCAAGAUCUUCGAGGAGGUCAACUGCACCAAUCCCGCAUGCGACAGCAUUGUGCCGCAUUAUUGCUUCGAAACGCUCAUCGAAAGCCACUGCCGCGACAACGAUGUGGUCAACUUCUGGUACUACGAUCAUGUGAGCGAUCAGUGCGCCAUCUAUUGGUCAGAUCGCUGCGAUACGAAUCUCAACAAAUUCAAGUCCAAGGAGCAGUGCGACGAAGCCUGCCGCUUGCCGCGCCACAAGCAGCAGCUGCAGAGCGAACGCCAUGGCGGCGUGCCGCCCCAGCGUGUCGACUGUUUGGUGUCCGACUGGGUUGCGCAUAGCUGCAACGCCAGCUGCGGCGAUGGCGUGCAGCUGAAGACGCGUCGCGUGCUGCGCACACCCAAAUACGGUGGCAAGCAAUGCCCCAAGCAUCUGGUGCGCAUGGAUCGUUGCUAUCAGCGCUGCGAUGACAUGUACUCGGUUAGCAAUGACUUUGGCGAGCGACGACAUUCGCCCGCCAAGCUGCUGCCGCUGGAGCCGCGCGAGGAGUGCCGCUACUCCGAGUGGUCCGCCUGGACGCCCUGCACCGCCAGCUGCGGCGACAAUGCGGUGCGCCAACGCACGCGCACGCUGCUCAAUACGGAUCUGAGCUCCAGGUGCAAAGAUCGUGUGCGCGUCGAGAAGUGCGUGGUCAUGCCGUGUCUGCUCAGCAGCAACGAUGAUGGCAACAAGUGGUAAUUGCACCAAGUAUUAGCCCCCAACUAACUAUCAAAACUAUGUAAUCAUUGUAAUGCAACUAAAGUAAACAAUGCAAAUAAAUUAAACAUUAUUAA